UCCACACACCCCCACACACGGGGACAGGCGUGACGACAGAGGACAGCUGCUGGACACGCUGACAGUGUUGUCCCCGUCUCUCCGUGUUCGGUGGAGUUUGUAGUUUCUGGAAAAAGCCGAAGGGCGUGGCUCGGGCUGACGACAGGAAGCUCUGACAUUUUGGGAAACAGCGACGAAACAAGUGCUUGUUGCGUUCACACCUCACAGUCGACAUCAUGUCCAGGUCAGACUUCCCUCCAGGGUAUGAUGACUCUCGUGGCCCGCUGUACGUACCUCAGGACGGGCCUUACCCACCUCCCCCUGCCUAUGGCUUUCCAGCUUAUGGUGGUUUCCAGCCAGACCAGCCGUCUGCUCCCUACCCCUCCGGACCAAACGCUCCUAUGUUCCCAGGCCAGCCAGGAGGCUACCCUCCUGGUCCAUACCCGGGACAACCUCACAACGCUGGGCCUCCAGGGGCAGGCUACCCCAUGCCACCUCCCAUGCCCCCUAUGAUGCCCCCUACCAUGCCAUCAGAUGUCCUGAGCUCUGGUGAUGGUUUUGCAGCGCGCGACAGCGACUGGGACAGUCUGAGUAUUCGGCAUGCCUUCAUCAGAAAGGUGUAUUUGGUUUUGGCGGCUCAGCUCCUCACCACCACAGCCAUCGUGGCUCUAUUCACCUUUGUUGACUCCGUCAAAUCUUUCAUACAGCAAAACCAAGCUCUCUACUGGACAGCAUAUGGUAUAUAUAUCGUCGUCCACCUUGUACUGGUCUGUUGUAAAGGCCCCAGGAGGAAGUUCCCAUGGAACGUCAUCCUGCUGCUCAUCUUUACACUGGCUUUGUCCUACUUGACUGGAACCAUAUCCAGUUACUAUGACACAAAAGCAGUGUUUCUCGCAAUUGGAAUCACCGCUGUUGUCUGCAUUGCCGUGACCAUAUUCUGCUUCCAGACAAAGGUCGACUUCACCAAGUGUCAGGGUCUCUUCUGUGUCCUUGGGAUCGUAGUAUUUGUCUGCGGCAUCAUUACAACCAUUGUGCUGUCCUUCAAAUACAUUCCUUGGCUUCACAUGCUUUAUGCAGCUAUGGGAGCCAUAGUCUUCACUUUGUUCCUAGCUUACCACACACAGCUGCUGAUCGGCAACAGGAAACACUCCAUCAGUCCAGAGGAAUACGUGUUCGCUGCUCUCUCUCUCUACGUCGACAUUGUCCAGAUCUUCCUCUUCCUGCUGCAGAUCAUUGGCGUUGCGUCCAGAUAAGUCCACAAGGGCGUCACCGUGCAAACAAGCAUCCAGCUGCAAAACCAUUCCAUGCUUUUUUCAAACCUCUCCUUGUUUUCACUCAGAAUCCGAACACAUGUAUGAAGUCAUGGUGCACUUCAGGGAACAGGAAGGGCUGAAUUUGAGAUUUUGUCAGUGUAGGCUCAUCACAUGCACACAAAAAUGCACUUUUUUUUCUGAAAUCGGUAUUUGUCUGAAUCUGCAUAAACAACUUACCAGUGGUUAGCCAAGAAUAUUGAUACUUCAGUAUAGAUACCGGUUGACAUUGGAAGCUGCUACGUUUAUUUAUCCUUGCUGGACUUCAGUUAAUUCGAUCGUGACAUUUUUCUCUCCAUGAACAUGUACUUCUCCUUAUAAGUUAUCUACUCUGUAUAAAUGUUGAGAGGUUUGUUCUAAUUUUCAGACCGAUUUGCCAACUUCGAGGCUUUCUCUGUCCUACAGGCUGAUGUACAGUAGGGGUGGGCAUUAUUCAAACAACUGCUUUCUAAACCAAGUAACAGGGCCAUGAGCCAUGACUGUUAUAUCAAUACAGACUUUGAAUUAUUCAUUUUAAUUAUUAAAAGUUACAAAUGUAAACAUGUGCCCUGAUUUGUGACAAGAAUUUAUAAUUAAUAGGCUGCAUCUAAAUAUGUUUAACUUACCAUUGGAUAAUGUGCCAAAUGUUCAGAGUUUAACCUGACUCUAAAAGGAUUUUUUUAAACUAAUUUAAAGGGAUAGUUCAGCAUGUUGGGAGGAAACCUUCUUUGCUUUCUUGCUGAGAGAUAGAUUUUAUGAGUAAUUCCAUUCUUAGAUUUUAAGUCAGUUCUCUCAUAUAAAAGUCUGCAGCCAAUGGACAUUAAGAUUGGUUUUAGCAUAAAAACUGUAAUUAGAGGGAAACAGUUGGCCUGGCUCAGUCCGAUGAUUAGAACAAAAUCAAUCUACCUGCAGUUCUAAUGCUCAAGAACUAAUGUGACACAUCUUUAGUUAAAUCUGUAUACAAACUGGGGGGGUGUUAUGUCCGACUAUAACUAUAUAUAGGUUUAAGGAGUGUGGAACAUAACCUCCUGAAAAUACAAAUGUAUAUUUUUACACCAACAUAUACAAGGUCUUCUCACCAGUGUCUCUGAAGUUUGUUUGUGUAAUCCAUGAUGUGUACAUUAGUGUCGGAGGCUGGUAGGUGGAUUUAUUUUCCUUGUGAGAGAGCCAGGCUCAUGGUCUCCCUCUCUUCCAACCAUCACUCUAUACUAAGCUAACUGCAAGUUGUGUCAUCUUCACAAAAUUAGCAUGUUUCUCAAAAUGUAUUAAUUAUAUACACGUUAAGAGUCAAAAUCAGGUGGUAAAUCAAAGUGAACUCUUUGACAAAUAGAACCAAUGUUAUGGAUGGUAUUGAUCCCACUGACUCCUAAUGAUAAGCAAACACUUCCUAUUGGUUGUAUCAAUACUUUGGAGCUUAACAUGCCCACCUCUGAAGUACAGCUCAGUAAUCACACACUUGUUCUAAUGUUAUCAUUUACAUACAACAUCACUAGUGCCUUCACCACAACAACGUUACAGAGGACUACUUUUGUUUUACUCUAAGAAGUGCCUGGUUAUAUUCAAUAAUCUUUAAUAGUAUUGUUCCCUACUGUAUGUGCCUCUUCAUGUAUUACAGAGUUUGGUCAGACGCUGAGUCAGCAGGGCGGGUCUUUCCACUGGAAAGAUCAUUCAUUGUCAGUGUUGAAUUACUGGAACACUAAUGACGUUUGGGGCGUUCCAGCUUGUCCACUAUCUCUGACAUGAUCCGCUCCAACCAGCUGCUCCUCCACACACACCCACACACCACUGGCUAAUGUUAAAUAUAACCCUCAACUCUUAAGUAACAAGGGAAACAUUUUGAGUGUGCGGCUGGGUUUGUAAAUAUGUCACAUCAGUGCUAAAGAAAAUCUGUUUGCUUUUUCGUAUAUUAAAUAAAACUGUUUUAUUUGA